UUCAGAAGUGGAUCUUUAAAUAAUUUAUGUGACAUUCUAAAAUUUCAAGUGGAAUGAAUAAUUUUUCAAAAUUUGUAACUGAUCGAUCAAUCAAAUGUCUUUGACACAUUUUCUGUAGAAAAUUGCGACGAAUCUGAAAAUGUCAGUGUCAGAUUUCGGCCGCUGCCGCAUGUUGUUUACUGAAAACGCAAGUGUAGUGAAUGUGUGCCCAAUAGUAUAUUCUUAGUAUUAUGUGACAACAGUUUAUAAUGGCCAGUGAUUGCAGUGAUGACAGUGUGUUUGACUUUCCACCACUUAUUCAAGUCAUGAGACUAAAUGUUGAAGGUGGUCCUGUGUACAGAGGUGGCCUUAGUGGCAGAGCUGCAGCAGCAUAUUAUAGAGAAAAAGAAGUGAUUAUUGCCAUAAAGAAUAAGUAUGGUAACAGAUACGGCCGCCGUAUACAGUCAUACAAACCAGAUACCGAGGCAUGGAGGCCAGAACGCUAUCAGAGAUGUAUAGUCACACUAAAUAGUCGAACACCAGAGGUUAUUCCUGGAGGCCUUCAAAACAAAAAGCCUUUAAUACACAUUCAUCAUGAUCGGUUGGGUCAAGCAGCUGUGAGAGUAAAUCAGCAAGAAGGAUUUUCUCAAGGAAAUCACAUUCAUGACAACUAUUCAUCAGGAACAAUUAGAGGUGAGAGAGAACCUGUAACUGCCCACAGGACAUCACCCACAGUAGACUUGACAGAGCUGGGGAAACCACCACAGCAGAGACGUGGUAUGAUGCGAGGGAAAAGAGUGGUCGACAUAUCUGCCUUUUAUUGUGCAGAUGAAAAAGAAGAACAUACGGUGAAGUGUAAUAUUAACCAAGAGAAGAGAGAACUUGAAAGCUGUGUACGAAAAGACCAAGGAAAUAUAAGAAAUUGUGAAUCUAAUCAGUCCCCUUCAGAACUGAUUAUAUCAGAUGAAAAAGAACUUGCAGUGAAUGGCAGUAUUGAUCAAGAAAAGAAAGACCCUCAAAGUGCCAUACAGAAUGACCAAAGAAAUGCAAGAAACUGUGAAUCUGAUCAGUUUCCUUCAGAACUAAUGACAGAUGAAAAAGAACAAACAGUCUAUGGUAUUAUCAAUCCAGAGAAUAGUGAACCAGGAAGAAAUAUACAGAAAGACCAAGGAAAUAUGAGAAACUGUGAAUCUGAUCAGACUCCAUCAGAACUAAUUAAAUCAGUUGAAAGCCUGAGCUUUUCAUGAAGAAGAAGAAGAAGAAGAAGAAGAAGAAGAAGAAGCAGAAGCAGAAGCAGGAGCAGGAGGAGGAGGAGGAGGAGAAGAUCAUGAUGAAAUAAUAAUAGAGCACACAUGUUCCUUUUUGUUAUUCAUAGAAUAUAAAUACUUUAAAUGCUUAGAUUUUUAUAACCUUGUUACAGAAGCUCUGUUGACCUUUGAGAAAAAAAUCAUGUACCUUCAGGAAGUGCUCAGCUUAGCAACGACAAGAAAUUGGGGUUUUUAUGUGACUAUCUUCUUAUUGCUACAGAGCAUUUUCUUCUUCUUGUUGUGGAUUAUUUGAUAAGAUGUAAAAUUAAAUAUUUUUUGUCUUA